CAAUAGAAAGAUUAUAUCACCUUUGUGAUGAAACAUUCUUCAAAAUGAUAAUAUUAUAAAGACUCUAUUGUUCUUUAUAGAUUAGAUAUCGGUGAAGGUAAGUGUUUUAAUUUUUUUUUUUCCUUUCAAAACUAAACUCAACAUUCACCAUGUCUGGUGUCUUUCAGAGGAUAAUUCAUUUUAAAAACUCAUCCAGGAUUUUGAUCAAUAUUGAAUUGCGAUUUAAGAAAGAUGAUAUUAAAAUUAAUAGUUCCUUUAAGAGUGAAAACUUUUCUGUCACAGGUGAAAAAGAAAGCAACCAUCUGAUAUUACUCAAUUACUUUGAUGAUUUUAUGCUACAUUGUACAGUAGAAUCAAUUGACCUAUUUAUAAAUUCUACUUGUUUAAUAUUCGAUGGGAAUAACAGCUGCCUUGAUUGUAAUGCUAGAUCUUCCAUAAGAGGUAAACUUCUUGAUUUAUUUCUUAAGCCAAAAUCUUUCUCGCCUCAGCAAUUUCCUAUCAAAAUAAUUUGUUAUUUAGAGUUUAAAAAUUCUACUCCAUCGUAUUCGCCCGAAAGUUUAACGCCAAACAACUUGGAAUUGGAAAAACUGCAAAAGCUUUCGCAUGACUUCUCAAAGAUUUUGGAUCGAACUAUUGCCUCAGAUGUCACAUUAGAUGUUAGUGGAGUUAAGAUCAAAUCGCACAGAAUCAUUCUGCAAGCAAGAUCACCAGUAUUUGACAGAAUGUUCAAUCAUGAUACAAGCGAAUCUGCAAGCAAUAUCAUAGUUAUCCCGGAUAUACGAGCUGAAAUAAUGAACGAUCUCUUGCUAUAUCUCUACUCUGGAGUGACGAAAACUCAUGAUUUUGACGACGCUUGCGACCUCUAUUAUGCUGCUGAUAAAUAUGAAGUUUUGUCACUCCGCGAUGCUUGCAAAAUGGAUUUGCUGAUGGUACAUCUGAAAGUAGAUAAUGUGUGCCAGAUGUUGAGCUUGGCCAAUCGACAUGGUGAUGAAUCAUUUAAAGAAAAUAUACUAAAAUUCAUAAAGAGAAACUUUAAAACUAUGGUCAAAAUGGAAUCAUUUGAAGAACUUUCAGCUAACGAACCAAAAUUGGCGGUGUUAGUGAUGCGCUAUUGUAUGAACUAGAAAAGACAGGGAUCAAACACAUAAAAUUAGUAACUCUAUACAUAGGUAAAAUUGCUAUACUCAUAUUCUUUCUUAAAAAUUAGUGACACUAUAUGUAAGUAAAUAAAUUACUAUAAGCCUAUUCUUUCGUAACAGUUAGUGACUCCAUACGUAAGCAAAAUUGCUAUAAGCGUAUUCUUUUGUUAUCUAUGGAACAAUAUACUGGAUGGAUUGAAUAUUACUGGAUUUAAUUGUAAUAAAGGCUACUGUCAAAGGAUAUGUAUACUAUUAUUUAUCUCAUAAACCAAUAAUGUUCUUAUAAUCAUUUUUUUUUUAAAUAAGUUUCAAAAAGUAGAAAUCAGGUAUAACAUUAAAUAUUACUUCGUAGAUAAUUUAGUCCUUUAUAUUAGUCUAACAAACACAUAUGUAUGAUAUUUACACAUAAUGUAACGUGUGAUAUAAUUUGUUAGUUAUCCCUAACACCCGGCUCA